AUGAAUUCGAUAAUAGCUUUCGAAAAUUGCGAACAAAUUAAGGAUAGUUACAUAAAUCCAAAAGAUAUUGAAAUUAAUGAUUUCUCAGAUAACGAAAGCGAAAAUACAAGUAGUAUAGAUAUGGUCGAUAAUAAUGUAGUUAAUAAACUUCAUAAACCAGAAACACCUAAUACAAAUACUAAUCAGGAAGAAGAUAGUAUAGCUAAUCAAUCAUUUUCAUCUGAGAGUACUGUUAAACGAGAUAUUAAUCAAGAUACUUACAAAAUGCUGUUAGAAAAUGAAAUACACGUAACUAAAAAAUCAGUUGCUCCUCUUUUUGAACCUGUAUUAAACUUUAUUACCAUUUGA